AUGAAGACUAUCUACUUGUUUUUGGGAAUAUUCGUGUCUUUGGCAUUUUCGGCCCCAUCGGGUCAAGAGAGAAUAGUUGGAGGAUCAAUAACCACCAUCAACAAUUACCCGUUCGCCGUCUCUCUACAGCUCACGAGGAAUAAUGUAAACUUUAACCAUCAAUGUGGUGGUACCAUCCUGAACAACCGCUCCAUGGUCUCGGCGGCACAUUGCUGGGUGAAUAACCCUGUCGCAAGUAGAUACCGUUGCCGAGCGGGUUCCACGACUAAAAGUAGUGGCGGUUGGUCUCACAACGUGGCGCAACUUUUCGGACAUCCCCAUUACAGCCCGAGGAACCAUGACAACGACAUCGGGGUAGUCCGAGUCGCUACUGCCUUCCAGCUCGGUGCAGCCACCGUGCGAGCUGGCAACAUCGCUAGAUCCAAUCACAAUGUUCCAGAGAACCGUGACGUUAUUGCUAUUGGAUGGGGAUUCAUAAGUACAAAUGGACCUUUAUCAGAACAACUGCGCCACGUCGUUCUCAGGACGGUCAAUCAAGCCAGGUGCAAUCGUGACUUUGGUGGAAGCAUCACUGCCAACAUGCUGUGCGCUAACUGGCACGAUGGAAGGAGAAGCAUCUGCUUCGGUGAUUCUGGCACUGGUCUGAUUAUGAACAACGUGGUCAUAGGCAUUUCCAGCUUUAUCGGCUGGGACGGCUGUGGCUCUACUCGUUUUCCUGCAGUUUUUGCCAGGAUUUCUAGAUACGAGGCUUGGAUUCGAAACCACGCUUAACAUUUGUGAUAGUAAACUACUAUCACAAUUUUUUCAGUUAAUAAACAAAAUUUAAAAGUAA